CUAGAAUAGAAUAAAGAUGGUGAAAAAACUGGGCAGCAUUCUGAAGGCAUACAUGAGAAAUAAUAUCUGACAUAUCUUAAGUGAAAUGGACAAGAUAAAUCAGAAAAGCAAAAAGAAUAUAAUAUAGAUUGCUUCAACACUGUUUUUUCUGAAGAGGCUAGAGAGGAAGAAAUUAAAAUAAUCCCUGCAACGUGCAAAGAAUUGUGAUCCCUUUAUAGAUGAUGAAAAAAAAAUUAAAAUAGCAGAAGAGCUUUAACUUUUUACCAAGGAGCCAUCUGUUCUCUUAGGGGGAUUUUCAGGUGCCUUUACCAUCCAGCAGAAUUAAAAAGAUACAGUGGACUAUAACAUCCAUUUAUAGAAGUGUCAAGAAGAUGCAAAGCAAAGUGUUUCUGGGAAAUAUAUACAAUGAUAGUAAUAAAUAUGAUAAGAAGUAUUCAAAUCAUAAGCAGAAGCCAUUGGCAUAAAACUGUAGGCUCUUUCUUCAAUUGGACUCACACUUCCAAGAUCCAAGUUCGCAGGAGACAGAGUGUGGUCAUGUCAUCAACUGACUUCCUGUACCAAGAUAACUUUACUGAAUACUUCGAAGAUUAUGAGGAAGAUGAGCCAGCCCAGGCCUACCUCAGUCAUACACAAAUCACUUCUCUUGUGCUACAGAUGGUGGCUUUUCUCUUAGGAGUACCUGGCAAUGCAAUAGUUAUUUGGAUCAUGGGCUUCAAAUGGAAUAAGACAGUUACAUCCAUCUGGUUCCUCAACUUGGCAAUUGCAGACUUAAUAUUUGUUUUGUUCCUGCCCCUAUAUAUUACAUAUGUCAUCAUGGGCUUCCACUGGCCUUUUGGGAAAUGGUUGUGCAAAGCAAAUGCUUUUAUGACCUUGCUCAACAUGUUUGCCAGUGUCUUCUUCCUGACAGCAAUCAGCAUUGAUCGUUAUGUCCAUCUGAUCCACCCUGCCUUCUCCUAUAAGCAUCGGACACUCAGGAAUGCCUGUAUCCUGAUUCUGCUUAUCUGGAUUUUGGCUACAGUUCUUGGAAGCCCAGCACUGUAUUUCAAAGACACAUUUAUAUCACCCCAAAAUGUCACCAUAUGCUAUUACAACUUUCACCAUGAGUUUGAUGUUAUUGUAUUCAGACAUCACACACUUACAUGGAUAAAGUUCAUUUGUGGCUAUCUCUUUCCACUCUUAACUAUGAUUGUUUGUUAUUCCUUUCUAGUCAGCCAGGUUAAAAAAAUUACAGUACUAACUUCCAGCAGGCUCUUCUGGACUAUUCUUGUGGUGGUGGUGGUUUUUUUUAUUUGCUGGACCCCGUAUCAAAUAUUUACCAUUCUGGAACUGUCAGCUCAUCAUAAUACCUCUUUGCAUGAUUUGUUUGAAAGUGCCAUACCUCUUUCUAUUGGCUUUGCCUUCAUCAAUAGUAGCCUGAACCCUAUCCUUUAUGUCCUUCUCAGUAAGAAGCUCUCAUCCUCCUUUAGUGUGACAUUCUCAGAGUUGGUCAAACACACCCUGUGGGAAGUCAGCCGAUCUGCCACAGUGAGCGAUCACGGUCAGAAUUCCCUGAGUCUGCAGUUGACUGAAGCCCCAGUGAUAGAACACACUCUGGAGGAAAUUUUGCAGUGACUGCCUGUCUCUUUGUAAAUUAAAUUCAGUUUAGUACUAGGUUAACAUACGUCUUGAGUACAAACAAAUAGACGAUAAGCUUUUUACAAGUUCUGUUAAAGAUCUUUAAUUUUUGACAGAGCUCUCAGAACACAUAUGUCUCUCUUAACUCCUGCCUGAACUCUUCUCAGUCAAAUAGGGAUGAACAUUAAUGCAGCUUAGAACAAUGUAAACAUAUGGCUGAAGGCCCCAACAUUUCACUUGCAAGUAUAAUAAGGCUUCUGCAAUCAAUCUUUUUCACUAAUUAUCCUUUAGGAGUUAUAGGGGAGUAGUCUCAGACUGAUAAAGUAGAACAAUAUGAGAAUAAUCUUUGCUUUCCUAUCAGUUUCAGCUUGGUGAAUUUUUCUAGGCUGAGAUUAAAAAUGUUACAAGGGAAACACAAGAAGAAGAAAAAAAGAGAUUUUGUAGACGCAUAAGAUUUUGAAAUAUAUUCUAUAUCCUAGUAUUGCUUUUUUAUCAUUUUUCAAAAAUAAAAAAAAUGGUAUCAGUGGGGAAUUCAGGGCAGAUCAAUAAUUCUGGGCUAUAUAUGUAUGUAUGUAUGUAUGUAUGAGGAAGUUUAUUAUAAAUAUUUUCUUAUGUUAUCUAAAAUGCACAAUGUUACAAUAUUUAUAGUAAUACAGUAUUAUAUUAUAGUGCUAUGGUAAUACAGUACUGUAUUUACGAUGCUUCUAGCACAAAUGAAAAUAUAUAAUGUAAGCACAAUUUGAUCUCUUCUUUUGUUACUGUUGUUGCUUGAAUAUAGACAUUUACAUAUAUUAAAGGACUUUUCUGUUA